AUGUUGAAAUUUAUUAUAUGAGUACCGGUUUAUACGAAGAGCUACAAAUCGAACACUCCCGAAGUACUGAUGUAGAUGUUUGUAUAUCUUUUGAAGAAAUAUUAUCUUUUGAAACUGUUUUAAAAUGUAAAUUGAACGAAAAGUACUUGUAUUAUUUUAAAUCGGCACCUUUAGAAAAAUUCUAAAUCAAAAACUCUAAACUUUAAAAUAGUAAAUCCUAUUAUUUAAUAAUAUGCCCCCCUAUUUCUUUCUAUUAUAAAUAUGAUAUUUUGUUUGGACCUCACUUCUCACUUACUUGCACUGCUAAUCCUAAAAUCUCAAGAAACAUAACUCUCUAAUGCUAUGUAUUAUGCGUUUAAAUUUAUUUAACGAGCAAAACACAAAGAAGUUGUGCUCACAUGUUAAAUAAAUUUGAAUGCCUUUUUGCUCAGAAUAACCAUGGCGGCGAAAAAGAUCUACACCGUAUGGUCCCGAGAUAGAGAGAGGAAAACUUUAAUUUUGAUCGAUGAAAAUGACGUGGAUAUGUACAAAACCUUAAUUUUAAAGGCAUCCCAAAAGCUACAAGUUGACGGUUCAUCGUUAGCUUUGGAAUCUAACGGCACGCCAAUCGAUUCAGAAGUUCUACCGUACCUUAACCAGAUGGAUAUAUUGAUGUUAUUGGAAAAGAGUGAGACCUGGAAAUCAACCGAUUCAUUUUCUGUAGCAACAGGAAGUACGGUAACAAUCGCACAAUCGGAUAUCUCAGACUUGCUAUUGCAACCAUUUCCUGAAGGCGCCAUCUUUGAGGAGAGAGAAGUUCACCCAACUCCAACUGAAAAACCUGACUCUACACCUAUCGACAAUAUCGAUUUGACCUGCAAAGUAGAUUGCAAUUCAGAAUUUUUAUGGACUAAUUUUGAAAUCCCCUUAGAGAGACUAAAUAGUGAACAACUUGAAAACCUUGGAAAUGGUGUGAGAAAUAAACUCGAUAUUAAGUUUUUAGUCCAACUAAUUGUAAAUGACAUGAGACUAAUUAAGAAGGUCAUUCCAAUGAAAGCCUUCAAGAUUGUGGCUAAAAAACUUAUAGAUCGAUAUCCAUUGAUUUUUAGGGAUGUAGAUGAAGAUGGUGUUGUACUUGGGGAUGGAAGCCAUUCCUUAGUGAGCAAAUUAGUAGAAAGGAACAACUACUUAAACAGGCCACACAAAAGAAAAAGCACCGAAGCACAAUCUUCUCCAAUCGUUUCAAAAAAACGGGUUUUAAGCGCUAGAGCAGGCUGUGUAAAUUGGUCACCUGAGAUCGGCCACCAUGACAGUGAAAGCAUAAGCAAGUUAACUGAGAAUGCCGGAACUUCUGAUGAGCAAUUUGUGCAAUUAUUAGAAAAAACUUAUCCUCAAAUAAGAAAAGUGUUAAAUGAAGAAGAGCCACCCUUCUCUAAGCUAAUGGAAGAGUGGCCAUUGCUGUUCUCAAAAAAGGCAAUAUUUUGGCACUUCAACAAGCUAACGAACUCUGACAUCCAUUUAAUGGACCUCAUCACCAGCAAAUGCAAUAAAAUCACAUCAUUUUUAAAAACCAAGUUGAAAAAUGAUUUCGACGACACUAAUCUCGUAGAAAUUCGUACUAUCACAAAUAUUACGAAAUAUUUUAAAGAAGAUUUACAGAACCUUUUUUUAAAAUGCAAGGACUUACCUGAAAUUACCUUAGAGAGUAUUCCCCUAUCGCCAUAUAUAAUUCAGACUGGGGAAGAAGAAAACAUGCUUUACUUCGUGUACCUAGAGAGAGAGUUGGUGCAUCACGAUGGGUAUACCACAUUCAUAGAAGCUCUUAAAGUGUCAUUCUCCUUAUUUUUCAUUUUAAAUUUGAAGUAUCCUCGCAAUCUAUGCGCUACCAUGGAGUUGUUGCAGAGGAUGAUUCUGAAAAUACAUCCCGACGCUGGGUCAAAAUCUAAAAAAGUGUGUGCAACGCGAAAAAAAGUGUUCAAUUUUAUGAACAGUAUUAAAGAAGGUUAAUAUUAAUAGAAAUGUCUUCUUUUUAGUUUUAAGGAUUUUAUUA